GUGAUGAAGUGUUUGGAAACGCCAGUCUUGAUUCUUCUACUUGUAUCCGUGUUUAAAUAAGUUGGUCUUCUGUCUACUUUGGCACAGAAAUUUCCUACGUCAAGUAAUCCCUGCUGGAACUCUGAAUGAGAGGACAUGAUGGAUAUUACAAAAGAUCCUAUAGAAGAUAUUGUCGAAGGUUUACCCAAUAUGUUCGGGGAUAAAACCCAAAAUGAUGUGGAAAGAAGACUUGUGGAUCUCAAUGUGCUACUUACAUCGACGUGUGCAGAUCCAAUAAGGUUUUUCCUCUGCUCCCUGUAUGCUCCAAUGUGCUCCACAAAGACAGGCAGUUUAAUUAUGUCCUGUGGUUCAUUGUGUGAAUACGUUACUCAACGAUGCAAACCAACUGCUGUGAAGUUUAAUAUUCCCUGGUUAGACGCAUGGAAUUGCUCACAGUUUCAUUGGCAAAACAAUAAAGACAAAAUGUGUAUGCAAGGACCGAACUACAACUACACUAGCUUCAAUCCAACACGUACGACUUCCACUGUGAACCCGGAGCUUGAUAAAAUGUCUUUUAAAAACAGUCGUAAUUACCUUUACCUGAAACGAACCAAAUCAUGGGUGCUUCUUUGUAACAAGGAUGGCAUUUACGAUUCGGAUACGAAAGAUUUUGCCGAUUUGUGGAUGACAAUAUGGUCGAUUGUUUGUUUUGUCUCAACCAGUGUCGCUAUUAUAACAUUCCUUCUCGAUACAAGAGGAUUUCAGUAUCCUGAGCGAGCUAUUGUGAUGCUGGCGUUGUGUUACAAUCUUUACUCAAUUGGGUUAAUACUGAGAGUCAUCUUUGGUCGCAGUGCCGUGUCUUGUACAAGCGAUGACAACACGGAAUUGUACAUUACCCAAAACGAGUUUGGGAAACCGUUGUGUUCCUUCGUCUUUCUUUUUUUGUACUUUUUCGGCAUGGCUGCAAAUAUUUGGUGGGUAAUUUUAACGCUGAGUUGGUUUCUUGGAGCCGGAAUGAAGUGGAGCUGUGAGGCGAUUGAUAGCUAUACAAACUUAUUCCACCUUGUAGCGUGGUUAUUACCCGUGAUAAAGACCGCGCUUGUGUUAAUAUUUCGUAAGAUCGACGGCGAUGAAUUAACUGGAUUAUGCUAUGUAGGAAAUCAAGACUUACUAGCUCUGACCGGCUUUGUUCUUGGACCGCAGUUUACCUAUCUAAUUAUUGGCAGUCUAUUCCUUUUGGCGGGUUUUAUAGCGUUGUAUCGUGUAAGGCUGGCUGUUCACAAAGAACGUUUACAUAAAAUAGAUAAGCUUGAUCGCUUUAUUAUAAGAAUUGGUCUAUUCUCUAUGUUUUCAACGGUUCCCGCAACAUGCACUAUAGCGGCACAAUUCUACGAAUACAGUUAUCGUGAGGACUGGCUAUAUGGCCGUUCAACACCGAACACAAAGGUUUUGAUGUUGAAAAUUUGCAUGACUUUGUUUGUCGGGGUAAUUUCCGGCGCGUGGAUAUGGACAAGCAAAGCGUGCAUUACGUUGAAGAGUUUUUAUGUGAACAAAUUUAGAAAACAAUCUGCUGUCAAGAAUAAUUCCAAUAAUAAUGUAGCUUUAAGAAACCAUAGAACAUUACAAGCCGACACGGAGGUUUAAAUGUGAACUCUUAUCGCUAUACUCCAUGGGGGUGUUUUCGUCAAUCGCUCAAGACGAUAAAAUCUCUCCGCUUUUGUAUUCGCUCAGUAAAUAUUUCUUUAAUUUAUAUUCGUGUUACUAAUGGAGCUUGGCAAAUUAUAGGGUAGCGGUUACCCCCAGUUGCUAACACAAAUUUAUAGACAAAUGAUAGAAUCUUUAACACAACACUGACAAUUAGCACCUCAUUAAGCUAAGGUUGUACUGAUUAAUAUGUAUUUAGAAAAGUUGAAUUGAGAUCUUUUAACUACCACUUCAGUAUUUUGUGUAUGAAAAACAUGGAGCGUUUGUUAAAAAUCAUUGUCUGUCUGCGUUGUUCUAUAUGAAUGAAGUUGAUUGAAAUGGAAUUAGCGAAAUGUUAGUAUAGCAAGCUCUCGUGAAAUUGUAAUUUUAAACAAGAAAUAAAAAUUUAAAGUGA